GUCGUGUUGCUGUUAGCAAGCUGCCAGGCUGCUGAAUCCUGUAGCGGCGUAUGAACAUAAGGAACCAGAUAUCCAGCCACGCGUACUGACAACGUCAGUUCCGGGUUCGUGUAUGUUCACGGCCAUACAUAUACGAAGGCGUUCAAUGUGUAAGAACACAUGAGGAAAACGAGAUACAGAAUCAGGUGGUUCGUAGACGGUCAGGAACAGGCAUGAAAUCAGACGAGACAUUCUGAGGAGGUGGCCAGGUGCGGAGAGGAGCAUUCUGUUCCUUCUUCGCCCUCGUUCCGUUCUUGCGCCUUGGGGCAGGCCGCGUGCAGACGCUCGUUGCUUGGGAGGCAGUGGGAACACGCAGACACACAGCGAACGAGAGAGAGAGAGAGAGAGAGAGAGAGAGAGAGAGAGAGAGAGAGAGAGAGAGAGAGAGAGAGAGGUGACUUCUUCCGAGGAACAGGAACUCGGGGAAUUGGCUAGCGCACUGGUUGACCGAACGGCCUCACGGCUGAGCGACUGAGGAAGCAAUUGGGUAGUGAAGUAGCGAGGUAACAUUUUUUUUUCUCUGUUUUGUUUUUUGGUGUGUGUGCGUGUUCGUGGGUGUGUGUGUGCGUGUGCAUUGACGAACCGGAGAGGCGAGCUCAGAUAGGAAAGAGGGGGGAGGACAGGAUGGCGAGUGUUUUCCGCACAGAGGCGAAGGAUUACGGAGGGCCCUCCAGUCGGGUCGAUGGUCCGCAUGUGGGAGUGGUGUUCAUUUUGCGCUUCUUGCAGUUCUUAUUCUGCCUGAUUGCCUUUGGAGUGAUGAUUUCUGCCAGGGGGAAGGUCAGAGCACAAGCUGAGUUCACGGACUACGGGGCGUUUAUUUUCUUGGUGAUUAUGAUGUUCCUUGCGCUCAUAUAUACCUUCAUUUUCGGCCUCAUGUGCCUCAUCAAGGCAUGCACAUCGAACAAGUAUUUCUCCCAUAACUUGCUUUGGACGCAGCUUGUGAUCGACGGGAUCUUUGCCCAUUUCAUGUUCGCGGCCACGUGUGCCUCUGCGGGAGUGGCAUCGCAAAUCUACAAGGAUGGGACGUGCAAGAAAGGUAACUAUUUCCGGCUAGGGAUCGACAACUUCUGUCAGAAAACGCAGGCGUCGACGGCCAUGGGCUUCUUUGCGACGUUCGCCAUGUUCGCCACCCAUUGGUGGUUCAUCACGGCCACACAUAAGCGAUUCUGAGACCAGCUGCCGGAACAAAAGAGCCUGACCCAAUGCCCAUAACUGUUGCCACUCGUCAAUCAGGGCUUUGGAGAUGUGGACUCAAAACCUGCAACCUUCUGUGACCUUCUCUGCACCUUUGAAAAGAGUUGGAAAGUCUCGCAACUCUGCGGCUGCAUGAGAGGCGCCGCUGCACUUGGAAGCACGGACACAUAAUUUAGCAUCAUGAUAGCGUUCUGUCACUCCGCUUGUGCAGGUGAAAGAGCCGCCCUUUUCAAUUCCAUGAGCGGCUUUCGUUGACUUCUGGCUUACGAGGAGUCCCAUUUAUUAAGGAUCAUUAUCUACCUCCAGAAGGGGCUGCCCUUGACUCCUGGACUGACAUUUAUUUACCUCCUAAGGGGCUGUCUCUGACUUCUAGUAUGACCUCUUUGAAGCCAAGUCAUGCUUAUUUACCUCAGUAAGGGACCCCCUUGACUCCUUGAGUAGGCUAAGUAGAGGAGAGGAGUCCCCGAAUGACCUUGUAGAGUUCUCUGUGGGACCUUUCUCAACCUCUCAGGCACCCUUUUUAUUGAGUCAUGAAGAAGGCCUUCGUUGACUAUGUGCUUGGAUGAACCAUCUCUCGUUCACUUCUUUGCCCACGCGGUGGCAGCUUUUGCUAGGCUCCUUCAGCCAGCAGUUGGGUGACUGAUUUUCUUACCUUCAGAAUUCUCUAUCGUCUUGUAGUGUUAACCACUGGUUAGUGGUUACCCCUCUUCUUUCUCUGUGUGGGGCCUGUGGGCCUUACUUGGGUGGCUGUCCUUCUUUGACUUUGCACGAGGGGACUUGUUGAAGUUGAUGAAACAUAGCAAAACCAUGUUGGGUUGGGUUGGGUGAAGUCCGUCAGGACCAAUCAGGUUGCUUGUUUUGAACAUUUUCUUUUCUUUCCUUUUUUUUGGGGACAAAUGCUCCAAAAGCCUCCAAUUUAUUUGUGGGGAGCAGCACGUGCUGGGAGCCGGGCCCAUAUAGACUGUUUGUUUUGAACCUACAGUGGGACCAAGCAACUUUGAGUGAUUUUAGAUUGCAUCCGAGGUUUCAGCUGGAAUGCAGGUGACGAGAGUUAACGGCACAGAGGAUUUCAGGCCCUUAAGUGGCAAGUGCCACCUUAUCCAUCACCCUGGAGGGCUUUCUAUCAGGUUCUGGUUGGCCUCAAGGACAUAUUCUGCAGCUGACACCGGGGGGUCCUUACACCCCUUCUACAUCGCAUUUGAGGCCUCAGCUGUAACGCUGAUGAUGAGACGUACAGUACAGAGGAUUUCAGGCGCCUAAGCGGCAAGUGCUACCCUAUCCAUCACCCUGAAGGGCUUUCUAUCAGGUUCUGGGUGCCCUCAGCUACAUAUUUCUGUAGCUGAUAUGGGUGGGUCCCCCCAUUAGAUUUAGAGUGAGUCUGAGUGACCCCUCAGAAGACCUUGAUAUUAGAAGCAUUUAUUCACCCCAUGUGGCUAAAUGGUAUACAUAUGUAACUGCCAGUGAAGAGAUCUCGAGUUCAAAUCCAGAUGGAAUUGACUGAGUAUGAUAGCAAGACGUCAGAAGCACUUGCAAUGGGAUCCACCUUGGGAUUCCGUAGAGAACAGAGUUGAGUGAGCUUAACUCCCGACGGUAUUGGUUGUAAUUGGCACUAAUUGCUAGCCAGGAGAUCUUUGAGCUCAAAUCCUGACGGAACCGUAUGAGUAUUUUUUCCAAGACAUCUGAAGCACUUGCACGGGGAUCGACCUUGGGAUUCCAUAGAGAACAGAGUUAACAGAGCUUAACUCCUGAUGGGAUCAGUUUUAGCUGCUAGUCAAGAGAUCUUGAGCUCAAAUCCUGAUGGAGUCGGAUGAGUACGAUAGCAAGACACCUGAAGAACUUGCAUGGUAUCCACCUUGGGAUUCCACAGAGGAUAGAGUUAACUGAACUUAACUCAGGUGCGAUUUGACACAGUUGUCUAUGUAUCCGAAAUACGGAAAGGGGAUCGGGAACAAAGUUAACUCAAGUCG